GGACCUUUUGAUGCUGAAUUUGCCAUGUCUUACAUCACAGGACCACAUCUAGACACCGGCCAGUGGCUGAAGAAACUUGAUUUAAAAGAAUAUAAUGAACUGUUCAAGAGCUAUAAUGGCGUUGAAGAUAUUUUGUCUUUGUCCGAACGAGAAUUAAAAUCGUUAGGUGUGAAAAAUAGUUCUCACAGAGCUCGAAUGAUGACGUCCCUUGUCAUUCUAAGAGACAAGUAUGAUAGAGCCGACAGCCGGAUUCGCUCGAUGACAGCUCCCAGUUCCGUCCGCCACAGCUUGGUGCAUAGUCGGGAAAGCGUUCACAGCAGCCCGUGUCUUCGUGGGCCGAGGCAUAGUGUCCCAGAGAGUAGGCGGUCCAGUGCUCGAUUCAGCAUGGAACCACUCACUGGUACAGAAGCCUCUCCGGAAGAACUAAAAAAGGCUCUCGAAUGGGAACUUAGCUUAGAUAACAACGAUUUAAGAAGCCACGCGUGGUAUCAUGGCACAAUUCCUCGGCCCAGAGCUGAGGAACUUAUGUCUGAGGAAGGUGAUUUUCUCAUUCGAGAUUGUAUCUCCAGGCCUGGAGACUAUGUUCUCACUUGCCGAUGGAGAGGAACAUCUCUUCAUUUUGUCAUAAAUAAGGUUGUUUUUCAGCCGUUUACAGUGUACGAACGAGAUGACUGCUUUGAUACGGUACCUGAUUUGGUGACAUAUUAUGUAGGUAACAAACGCCCCAUUUCUGCAGCUUCUGGUGCUGUGAUAUCAAAACCUGUGAAUCGGAGUAUGCCAUUAUCAUACUAUGCAACUCGGUAUGGGUUGGAAUGCCAGAUGCACUAUGCAGCUUUAGCUUUAGAAAAGGUUGCUGGCAGUCAGGAAUCUUUGAUUAGGAAAUGUUCCCAUGGUGGGAGUGGUGAAAGCUUAAAUCAAGAAAGAAGAUCAUCUCAACCCUUGGAAUCAAUAGAAGAUGCUCAUCCAAGCGGUGUGGCUACUAUGCCUCGACCUACAGCAUGUGAUUAUCCCAGGAAAUCUUUGCCAAAUUUUUCAACUCUUCAACAUGGUAUAGGUUCACAUUCCAAAAGAGAUAGUUCCUGCAGUUCAUCUCAAGAUAAGAAAAUACUUAAACAGAAACUGAGUCAAGAAACUGUUCCUGAUGUAUUUAUGAAUAACAAAGAAGAAUCGAAAGAUGAUGUUCCACCUCCUAAACCUAGUCGUGUUCCAUCGAAAAAAUAUGGCACAUCAUCAUACUCAUCUGGAACUGAUAAUAAUUUUGGAAACAAAUUAGAUAGCAGUAUUCCUGAAACUCCUCAUUUAUAUUCAGAGCUGAAUUUUAUAAAUAAGCCUUUGAAUGGCAAUGUUUCGAAUGCAGAUGGUGCACAUACAAAAAAUAAUCAGGAGUGGACUGAUAUCCCACAUAUAAAAUUGUACCAAAGGGAUGAAGAUAGUAAAAAUAAUGACUUGAACACACACCUGAGAGAAAUCACAAUUCCUGAAAUUGAUCCACUGUCGAGUUUCGAUCUUUCAGCCUUUAGCACUGUGUUACUCCCUUCUGAAAACAAGCCUCUAGAUCCACCAGCUUUGGCUAAAAUGAGAUGCAUGAUACUUGAAGGUGGAGCGAGAAUCAUUGCCAGCCAUCUAACAAAAGUAGAUCUUGAUGUCUUAAAAUUAAGCAAACAGGAAGAUUUAGGAUUAGGUGUACUUACAGGUUUUGAACUUUUGGUUUUACCUCAAGGUCAACAACUUCGGCUGGAUCUUUUAGAAAGAACUGAAUGCCUGAAAUAUUUUGUGGCAAUUACCAUACUAACAUGUGGUGAUGAAGAUGUUAGAGCUCAGGUUUUGAAUAAGUGGAUACAAAUUGCAAUAGAAACUAAAACUGCACUUGGGAAUCUGUAUGGUUUUACUGGAAUUAUGCAGGGUUUAGCUUUAGAACAGAUCUCUAGGUUACGGUCAACAUGGUUAAAAUUAAGACAAACCUGCACAGAAAAUGCUUUUACAUAUGAAACAAAACUUCGACCUACGAUAAAAAAUAUGCAAGAAUGCUCCAAUCCACAAGCUCCUAAUACUUGCAUUCCAUAUCUAUUAUCAUUGAUUCUUAUAUUGCAACAACAUUUGGAUAUUUUAUCAGGAAAAGAUUUUUCCCAAGAGAAUGAAGAAAAGCCCUAUAUUUCACCUCUAGAAAGCUUAUCAUCUUCAAACAAAGAAAAAGCCAAAGUACUUACUUUAGGACUGCCAUGGGAAAAAACUGCUGCUGAUUAUGGACUUCAGCUCCUAUUAACUCACCUAGAGAUUGGACGAUCUAUAACUCAGCAAUGGCCUAUGUAUAAAAGAAACAGUGAGAUUGUUCUAGAAAAUGUAAAAUAUGAUGAUUUGAUGCUUGAUAUGUUUAGGACAGAAUUUCACAUGAAGUUUUUAUGGGGUAGUAAAGGUUGCCAUGUUGCAGGCAAAGAGAGAUACUCAAAAUUUCUUCAAGUCUUAAAUGUCAUGUCUGAGCGAUGUGAGCCUGAUUAAUAUCAUUCCUAAUGUUUAUGUAUUUCAAUACUCAGGGCUUGUAACUUAGUAAAUAAUACAGGUGCGUAUUGAUUUAUUUGUAUUCAGUAACUUGUCAUUCAAGAAAAAAUAUUCUUGUCAGUAUAAUCAGAAUUCUCUUUACGAAAAGGUGAGAAAGUAAAUAUAUUUUUUUUUGCAGAAAUUAAAAUAUUAAUAAAUGAAAAAUAUACUAAAAAUUUAUUUGGCUUAGAAGCAAAUAAGGUAGUCUAGAUAAGUUGAGGUAAUUGAUUAUGGCAAAGCACUCAAGGAUUAUCUAUCUUAGGGAAUUAAAGAGAAGAGGUGCUUAAAUGGAAGACUUUCUAAGAGAAGCUAGCUUUUAUUCAUGUUAUAUGUAGGAGAAAAUCACAAAAAUGCCCAUGCAAUCAGUCUUUUUGCUGCAUUGGGCUUCCUUCAUUUGGAUUUUACUGGGUGUGGAAAGAUGAUUUUUAACACCAGGGCAUUAUUUAAAAAAAAAAAAAAAAAAAAAAAAAAACUUCUUAUCUCUUUAAAUUCUGAAA